AUGCCGCAGAGAACUGGAAGGGCUCAGCCCACGCUGGCUGUUUCUGCUUCUCACAGACCCCACUUUUUUCAGGGGAGCCUCUGCCUCCCGGUAGCAAUCCAGGUCACACCCCAAGCCAGGCGCUCUUGUCCCUCUGACCCCUUUGGCCACACGCCUUGGGCCUGGCCUGGGAGGAGUGGCUGUGGGGCGUUUCUGGGGACACCUGGGACUUGGUUCCCUCCCCUGAUUGGCCACUCGCCGCGGCAGGUCCAGCUGGUCGAGGACUUCCGCGCCCUGCGCCAGGCGGCCGAGGACAUGAAGCUGUUCGAGGCCCAGCCGGCCUUCUUCACGCUCCUGCUGGUCCACAUCCUGGCCAUGGAGCUGCUCGCCUGGCUCAUCGUCUACCUCCUGGGUCCCGGCUGGCUGCCCAGCACCCUCACCGCCCUCAUCCUGACCGUCUCCCAGGCCCAGAGCUGGUAUUUGCAGCACGACCUGGGCCACACGUCCGUUUUCCGGAAGCCCCGGUGGAACCACGUGGCCCAGCAGUUUGUGAUGGGACAGCUGAAGGGCUUCUCCGCCCAUUGGUGGAACUUCCGCCACUUCCAGCACCACGCCAAGCCCAACGUCUCCUACAAAGACCCGGACGUGACCUUGGCGCCCAUCUUCCUCUUGGGGGAGUCGUCUGCUGAGUACGGCAGGAAGAAGCGCAGAUAUCUGCCCUACAACCACCAGCACCUGUACUUCUUCCUCAGUGAGUCCCCAUGUCCCCCCGAGGGCGGGGCACGGCCGCCUCGGCCCCCUGCCGGCUGCUUCUCGACCUCUGUCCUCCGCCCCCUGCAGGACCUGCUCUGGGCCGCCAGCUUCUACUGCCGCUUCUUCUGGUCCUACAUCCCCUUCUACAGCGUCUCCGGGGCCCUGCUCCUCUUCGUGGCUGUCAGGGUCCUGGAGAGCCACUGGUUCGUGUGGAUCACGCAGAUGAACCACAUCCCCAAGGAGAUUGGCCACGAGAAGCACCGGCAGCUGGCAGCCACCUGCAACGUGGAGUCCUCACUCUUCAUCGACUGGUUCAGCGGGCACCUCAACUUCCAGAUCGAGCACCAUCUCUUCCCCACGAUGCCCAGGCACAACUACCACAGGAUCGCGCCGCUGGUCAAGGCGCUGUGUGCCAAGCACGGCCUCACGUACGAGGUGAAGCCCUUCCUCACCGCCCUGGUGGACAUCGUCAGGUCCCUGAAGAAGUCUGGCAACGUCUGGCUGAAAGCUUACCUCCAGCAGUGAAGGUGGCACCCAGGGCUCCACCACAGCCAGCUCAGGCAGGCUCCACCCGCCUCCUCCCGGUCCUGCCAUCUUCCCCUCCACCCUCUUGCCACCCUAAGGCCACAGCUCUGGGCCCAACAGGACAGGGGCGAGGGGGAUGGGACGUGAAGCCACAAGGUGAGCGUGACGCGUUUUCCUGGAGCGAAAAUUUAGGCAGACUGUUAUUUUUAUAUAAAGACAAACCCAGAUCUAUGAUGGAAUAAAGUAUUGAACUUGCAUGAA